ACAUCCGCUACUCCUGUUGACAGACAGCAGAGCGCUUCCGGUCGUGUCUUGCACCGUCGUGUUUUCAUGAAAUAUUUGACCAUAUCAUAUGUAUCCGCUUAUAAAUGAUAUUUAUUGGGGAAGAUUGUACAUAAGUUCCGCUUGCAGAGCGCGCGCGGUGAACCGCCGAUGAGAUGAUUGACGUGUGUGACUCAUAAUCAGAUCAGAUAUCGAUGAAGUAUUGAUGAGUGAAGAUGAUGAAGAGGAGGAGCAGAGCGAGUAAACGCGCGAAGACUGAUGAAGAUGACGCGGGCAGGAUGAGCACGGGCUUCUGUCGCCUGUGUCACGGGAAGUUCUCCACGCGGCGUCUGCGUCAGGCGUUUGCGCAGCUUCAGGGCGAGGCGUGUGGUGUGUAUCCGCUCUUCUGCUCAGACUUCCAGCAGCUGCUGGGGAUCCCCAUGGAUCGAGACCCGGCUCUGUCCCAGUUCAUCUGCAACAGCUGCCACGCCCAGUUCUACAAGUGCCACAGCAUCCUCCUGGACUUCAGGAACAGAGUCAACCUGACGCCCCUCGCCAGAGACAGGAGCAGCACUGAACGCUCGUCCCCACAGGAAGACAUGGCUUUAUUCCGCUCCCACAUCUCCUCAGACAGGAGUGUUCUGCACAGCCUGGUGUCGUGGGCUCACACACACGCGAGCGGCUGCCGCUCCCCCCCCGGCCUGCAGGAGGCGCUGGAGGGCCAGUGCCGAGGCGCGCUGAAGCUGGUGUGGGUGUGUGUGGACGGGCACAGCUACGAGAUGGACACGCGGUCUAGCGCUGGGACUCAGUGUGAGGACAGAGCUCAGGCACACAGUGAUCAGCAGCGGAGAGCUAACAGCGGAUCCGCCGAAGCCAGCGGGACACCAGACGCCGGUGAGGAGACGGCCCCUUCUGUGGCUCCGCUGCUCGAGGACAGAGGCGAUGCGGACAGUGAGCUCUCAGACAGGAACAUGUUGAGUGAUGAGGAGUGUGACGACAGGAGGAAGAGCGGCUCGUCUGAAGACAGCUCGGAUCUGAACCCUGACAAGCGUUCUUCAAAGAGGAAAGAGACCAAGACACUGGAGCCCAAAGCCCGGAGGAAGCCUGGGCCGAAGCCUGGCUGGAAGAACAGCAUCAAGUCAGAGCGAGAGGAGCUGCCCACCAUCUACAAGUGUCCUCACCAGGGCUGCACAGCGGUGUACCGAGGAGCCGACGGCAUGAAGAAACACAUCAAGGAGCAUCACGAGGAGGUGCGGGAGAGACCCUGUCCACAUCCCGGCUGCAACAAGGUCUUCAUGAUCGACAGAUACCUGCAGAGACACGUCAAGCUCAUACACACAGGUGACGCCGCCGUCAAGCUCACACACACAGAGGUGAGGAACUACAUCUGUGACCAGUGCGGCCAGACCUUCAAGCAGAGGAAACACCUGUCUGUCCAUCAGAUGAGGCACUCAGGGGCCAAACCACUGCAGUGUGAGGUGUGUGGCUUCCAGUGCCGGCAGCGGGCGUCUCUGAAGUAUCACAUGACGAAGCACAAGGCGGAGGCGGAGCUGGAGUUCGCGUGUGUGAUCUGCGGGAAACGCUUCGAGAAGGCACACAAUCUGAACGUGCACAUGUCUAUGGUUCAUCCUCUCCUGCAGGGCGGCAGCGUUCCUCCGAAGACCACACACACACACACCGACUCACACCCAUCCCACAGCAGCGUGUAGACACACACACACUCUCCUCAGGAUU